CAGCAGUCUCUCUGCUCCACGGCACUCAGAAGACCUUCCUCAAGGCUCAGCAUUUUCGGGGCCACUAUGGCCCCUAUCCACCAAGCAUCACGCGUUCCACCGCCUUCGUUACCCACUAAAGUCCGCCGUAAGCUUGUUGGCCACCGCGGCCCUAUCUACACAAUCCGGUUCAAUGAAAAAGGCACCUAUUGUAUGACUGGAGGGCAGGACAAAAGCAUCAAGCUCUGGAACCCCUUUCGCCCCAGCGCCGACGCCAACAAAGCAGGAGAAGCCAUGCUCGUCCAGACCUUCACGGGCCCCCACGGCUACGAAAUCCGCGAUGUGGCGAUAACCACCGACAAUGCCCGGUUCGCCUCGUGCGGGGGCGACACCGCCUUUUACCUGUGGGACGUGGCUACGGCUCGGGUCGUAAAGAAAUUCAGUGGACACGCGCACAUGAUCAACAGCGUAGCGUUCAACGCGGAGGGUACCGUCGUCCUGAGCGGGUCCUAUGAUCGGACAGUCAAAAUCUGGGACCUGCGAAGCAAUAAUCGAGACCCCAUUCAGACGUUGGACGACUUCAAGGACAGCGUGACGCGUGUGAUGGUUUUGGAAGAGGGGGGUAGGGCGGGGAAGGGGGCGGGAGGGAAGGAGGUGCUGGCCACUUCUGUGGAUGGGUGUCUGCGCACGUAUGAUAUACGGAAAGGGGUGAUGUGGAUGGACGAUUGCAAGGAGCCCCUAUCUUCGGUGACCGUUUCCGGGGACGGACAAUGCGUGCUGAUGAACGGUUUGGACGGUGUCGUCCGUUUGUUGGAGAGAAGCACGGGCGAGAUGCUGAACAAUUAUCAAGGACACACCCACCAGGCCUACCCCAUUGAAUCGUGCUUCGACAAUACGGACGCUUUUGUGCUGUCAGGCUCGGAGGACGGCUCUCUCUAUGUAUGGGAUUUGGUAGAGGGAGGGAGCGAGGGAGGGAAAGAGGGGAAGCCGGUCGCUGUCCUGAAAGAGCACAAACGGGCCUUAGGUUCCAUGUCUUUCCACCCGUCCGAAGCUGUCCUUGUCACAGCAGGAUACGAUGGUGUAGGCUGCUGUUGGUUCAGGGAGACGCGAUGA